AUGACAGUGUUCAACAUCUCGGGGAUGAUCGCUGCUUUGUCCGUGGGCUAUUGGUGUGAUCGCUCUGAAGACGUGCGGAAAAUCCUGCUUCUCGUUAAUUUGCCGCAAUUGGUUGGCCAAGCUCUGUAUUUUGCCGGAAUCAAUGCCGAAAUGCUGAUCGUGGCCCGAUUUAUAGCAGGGUUCGGACUCGGGAUGAACAGUGCAAUUUAUUCGGAAAUCAUUCGAGGAACGACCCGAGAAGAGAGGAUGAAGGUGCUUUCGAGUGCGUUUCUAUUGCGUCAAGUAGGGAUCAUGAUGUCACCGGGCUUCAACAUCUUCAUUCGGAGAAUCCCUGAGUUUCAGUUCUCUUUAUUCGGCCAUCUGUUUCAAUUCAAUGAAGAAUCAGCGCCGGGCCUGAUCCUGUUCGUGUGCUUCUUCCUGUUCGAGAUAUUCGUGUACUUUUUCUUCUUCAACAUGCGGCCGUUGAUGCGAGAAAUUUAUGGAACAUCGCAACCGGAUCUUGCUUCUCUUGAUGCAAAAAAGCAAAAGUUCGGUGACAUUGAUCCUGAGAAAAAGCCUUUGAUGGAUCCCACAGCCAAGGACGCUGUGAAUGAUUCAACUGGCUCCUCGACAGACGGAAAGCCCAGAAAGAUUUCCUUUGUGAAAGUCAUAUAUACUGAUGCUCGUCCUUUUGUUCCAGAAUUUCUGCUGAAUACGAAAUUGUUGCCGUUGUUCUUGGUGCAAAUGAUUUGCAUCAUGUGUCAAGCUCUGAUUGAGGCUGUGGUUCCGCCUUUCAUGCAAGAGUAUUUCGACCUCGGGCCAGCAGAAAUCAGCUGGAUCUUCAUGGGCUUCGGCAUCGGCAUGCUGAUGGCGUUCAUCUCCUUCUUCUUCGUGGUCGAUUUCUACAAGAAGAAACAGGAUGAAGGUUAUCAUAAUGCGCCUGAGCUCAACAUCCUGCUCUUUGGUGUUCUAUCCACCAUCAUCGCAUUCAUCGGCUAUCUUUUUGUCGGAGUUUAUGUGGAAUACGGAAACUACGAUUACUUCUGGGCCUUCAUCGGCGUGUCUGGGAUUAUGCUGGUUGCCGAUCCUGCGUCUGUGUGUUCCGUGACGACCUUGAUUUCCUUGAUAGUGGAGGAAGAUGUUCAAGAAAUCAGCUGGAUCUUCAUGGGCUUCGGCAUCGGCAUGCUGAUGGCGUUCAUCUCCUUCUUCUUCGUGGUCGAUUUCUACAAGAAGAAACAGGAUGAAGGUUAUCAUAAUGCGCCUGAACUCAACAUCCUGCUCUUUGGUGUUCUAUCCACCAUCAUCGCAUUCAUCGGCUAUCUUUUUGUCGGAGUUUAUGUGGAAUACGGAAACUACGAUUACUUCUGGGCCUUCAUCGGCGUGUCUGGGAUUAUGCUGGUUGCUGAUCCUGCGUCUGUGUGUUCCGUGACGACUUUGAUUUCCUUGAUAGUGGAGGAAGAUGUUCAAGGUAUGGCAAUGGGCAUCAGAAGAUGUUUCUCAUUGAUUGGGCUUCUGAUUGGUCCCACUCUUGGAGCAGCUCUUAUCUUCAGGCCGUGGUUAUUGUAUGGUGGAACUAUCUUAGUUUCAACUGUUGGAUUUUUGUUGCUGAUCGCAUCUUACAACGAGAUCCAGGAAACUGCCUUCCGUCAUCGAGCUCUGCUGUCGAAAAACAAUAAGGUCAGACAUAAAACGAGACUCUCACCCUUUAUCCAGCUGCUUGAGCUCGUAGUGCUUCAAUGGCGACCCUCUGACGUCCGUCUGGUCAGAAAACUGUCUCUGCGGCAGCUUGUCUUUGCCAUUAUUGCUGAGCUUGAACAAGUGUUUGCCACCGAAGCCCGGUUGCGAUUCCUUGCUCGGCUUGGCAUUCUUGCUGGGGAACCACGAGUGCGGAUCCGCAACUUGAUCGUUGCAAUGAUUCCGCUCGUCCAGCUCCAC